AUGAUUCGCGGCCUGCGGGUUCGACGUCGGAGUCGUUGGUCGUCAGUGCUGCUGCUUCUUCCUCUUUUGUAUUUCUUACACUUUCACCUCCGACCGGCUGUCUACCACUCAUUCUUUUCCGUCCGAGGACCACGAUACGGCGCAAGUGCUAAUGAGCAAUUUCUGCCGCCAGGAUCAAGAUAUAAAGACAUUUCCACCGAUCUGGUCAUUGCAAGCGUGGCCGCCAACGACGUGUCAUGGACCGCCAAGCUGAAAAACAAUAUCCCUAAUCUGAAUAUCAUCCGUUACGUGAGCGACUCGACCGCCACGCAAUAUCGGCCACCAGUGCCAAAAGGCCGCGAGGCAUUGAUGUACUUUACCUAUAUCUACGACAACUACGACAAACUCCCGGAUAUCAGCAUCUUCGUCCACGCGGAGGAAGAUCCAUGGCACAUUGAUCCUGCUUUGCGACAGUCGAUGACUUUUGCUCUCACCCAACUCGACCUAAAGCAAGUCCAGAACCGUGGCUAUUUCAAUCUUCGCAUCAGCUGGGAAAAAGGCUGUCCCAACUACAUCAACACGACGAAGACUUUCGACGAAUCGCCUCCCAAUACCGAGGAGCCGUAUAUGGCAACAGCAUUUCGUGCUAAUUUUGGAGAGGAUAUUGAAGUUCCGAAAAUUCUGGCCGGACCAUGUUGUUCUCAAUUCGCAGUGACCCGGAAAGCCAUCCAGAGUCGACCGAGAGAGCAGUACAAACACCACAUGAAGUGGCUAAUGGAUAGUGAUUGGCCGGACCAGCUGACGGGACGCACGUGGGAACAUAUGUGGCCAUGGCUAUUCAAGCAGGAGGCGGUUGACUGCGAGGUCCCGUGGCGCUCAUACUGCCAGAUGUACGGCGUUUGUUUUCCUGGCACCCCAGGGCUCGUUGGCUACAACGAGAUGUGGGAGGAGAGGGAAUCUAUUCACCGGUCUCUGACCUUUUGGAGAGAGCUGUGGGAUCCCAAGAGAGUGCAAAGCUUACGGGACUGGAAUGUGCGGCUCACCGGCGUGCUUGACCAGCAGCUGCAAUGGGUUUUACAGAAAGGGCAUCUCUGCAAUUCGAUGCAUUCUCGUGGAGUUCACGACGGGAUUGAAGCUGGAGGCCGGGGUUGGGACACUUUGCGCAGUGUGCUGAGCCUAGCGUUCACGUUCUUCGACGGCCACUGGAUCAGGAUGGAGUGCAACUCUUGGACUGCGUGUCCAAAGUCAUCGGUUGCCGACCGUGGAGCUCCAGCUUCGGUACAAAUCCGCGCGAGCACCCCAAGGCGGAAAAGCGGAAAAGUAAUAAUGAACGACAAUUUACAAACCACCUCGCUUGAUUCAAUGGCGACCGAAACGACAACUUUGACAGUGCCAGAGGCCGCUCAGUCCUUUAGCCUCAAGCUCGCACAUCACGACAAGUCUUACUUACCCAUAGAUCGUUUCACUACUAUCGAUGGCCUGCUCAAAUCACAUGCGGCCGAGUCCGAGCAGAAGCCUUUGAUCUGCUAUCCACGAACGGGUGCCGCGGACUUCGAAGAGCACACUGCGGCGGACAUUGAUCGAUACACUGACGCUGCAGUCGACUUUUACGUUGCGAAUGGUCUUCAGCCUGCUGAUCCAAAUGCUGCGAAAGCGCCCGUUGCCGCUCUUCUCGCGACCUCGAGCUUUGAGUUCGUGAUCACGAUUUUCGCUUUGAAUCGCCUCGGAUGGACUGUACUAUUUCUUUCUACCCGCUUGACCGCCCCUGCGUAUGCGAGACUUCUUGAGCUGGCCGACUGUCAGACGCUCGUCGUACCGGAAGCCAAACAGCACAUUAUUGGCGACAUCUGCAUUGAUCGGCCAGGAUGCUUAGCGGUUCCGAUACUACAACGCCAUGACUACAGACAAACGCCUCGAUCGAGAGCUUUCCGUAGGGAGGGGCUCAAUCUCGUCAGGGAAGGCUCAAGAAUGGCAUGGAUCCUGCACUCCUCGGGAUCGACUGGCUUUCCCAAGCCCAUCUUCUUGUCGAAUCUGGCGUGUCUGGCCAACUUUCGCAAGAGCUUCGGCCUGAGAGCUUUCUGCGUUUCGCCUUUGUUCCAUUCGCAUGGUCUCAUGGAACUUUUCAGAGCGUUCUAUACUCAAGCGCCAAUGUAUCUGGGCAACCAUUCCAUGGCUGUUACUGCCCAGAAUUUGGUAGAUGCGAUCAAAGUUGCAAAGCCGCGAUUGAUCCCAGCCAUUCCUCAAGUGCUUCAAUUACUUGCAGAAAAGGAAGAGGGGGUCCAGCUUCUUGCCAAAGCCACCCUCGUACUUUUUGGUGGCAGUAGCUGUCCGGACGAACUCGGCGAUCGACUCGUGGCCCAGGGUGUGAAUCUCGUAGGGAACUAUGGCUGCACUGAGACGGGACAGAUCAUGACAACCUUCAGACCUCCUGGUGAUAAAGAAUGGCAAUACUUCCGGCUCAUGCGUCCGGUGGCGGAUCACACUUUGAUGGACGAAAUCGCUCCUGGUGUGUUUGAAUGCGUCGGUCUAGAUGGCUUGCCCUCGAAAGGGCCCAGCAACUCCAAUCCCCCGUACAGUACUACAAAUCCCGAGAACAGCUUCCGCACGGCCGAUCUGUUCACUCGGCAUCCUGAUCCCAAGAAGUCCAACUACUACAAGUAUCUGUCGCGUUUAGACGAUCGAAUUACCUUAGUGAAUGGCGAGAAAGUCUUGCCGCUCCCCAUCGAAGGCCAGAUCAGACAGGAUGAACUGGUACACGAGGCCGCAGUCUUCGGGUACCAGCGUACUGUGCCCGGUGUCCUGAUCUUUCGCUCUCCCGAAAGAGGCACAGACUUGAGCGAGCGUGAGUUCAUCGACGCUAUCUGGCCGUCCAUCGAAACCGCCAAUCGCCAAGCCGAAACUUUCUCCAGGAUUCCGAAGGAGCUCAUCGUGGUCAUUCCAGCCGACGUCGUGUAUCCGAAGACGGACAAAGGCACUUUCAUCCGAGCUCAGGUCUACCAACAUUUUGCAGAGGAGAUCGCCAACGCCUAUGAAGCGUUCGAUCGUGGCGUUGAGACAGGAGGCGGUUCCUUGCAGCUUGAUGAGGCCGCUCUGGAAAGCUGGCUUGUCGAGAAGUUCUCUCUUGAGUUCGAUGUACGACUGCCCUCGGCAGAGACCGACAUAUUCUCGGCGGGAGUGGACAGUCUACAGACCACCAGGCUCUGGCGCAUCAUCAAGCGAGAUCUCGACCUUGCCGGACAAAGCCUGAGCCAGAACAUCGUGUUCGAGAAGGCAAAUGUCAGACAGCUCGCCAAGCACCUGUACCAGCUGCGUACCGGCGGGAAUAUUGAUGCUAUUGAGGACGAGAUCGAGACUAUGCGGGAGCUGAUCGAUCGCUAUUCCAACUUCAUCGAUCGCGACGUUACAGCCAUACAGUCGAGAGCUGAACACGAGACAGAGGUGGUGGCGGUCACUGGAGCCACUGGAAAUCUUGGGGCUUUCAUCGUCUUCGAGAUGGCACAGCGUCCGAAUGUGUCAGAGGUGUGGGCAUUGGUCAGAGCGCCAGAUGCAACAGCUGCAGAAGCACGUUUGAAGCAAUCCCUAGCCACUCGUGGAAUUGACUUGACCGACCAGGAGAAGGCCAAGCUGCGAGCGGUUUCAUCGGACCUCUCCCAGCCCGACUUGGGCCUUAAAGAGGCAGACUUGGAACGUCUCCUCGGAUCAUUGACCUGCGUAGUCCAUUCAGCCUGGGCAGUGAACUUCAAUCUCGGCGUACGCAGCUUCGAAGCCCAGCAUAUUCGCGGCACACACAACCUGAUCAACCUCUGUCUGCGGAGCCGUCUCCCGAACCCAGCCAACUUCUUUUUCUGCAGCAGCGUCAGUACCACAAGCUCGACUCCCAAGCCUGCCACUAUUCGCGAGACUGCCGUUGAAGACCUGAGCCAUGCCCAACAUACAGGCUAUGGUCGAAGCAAGCUGGUCACUGAGCACAUCGUUUGCAACGCCAUGAGACAAACGGAUAUCUACGCUCGUGUGUUGCGCGUAGGACAACUCAGCGGCGACACCAAGACAGCGUACUGGAACGACACCGAAGCCAUUGCGCUCAUGGUGCGAAGUGCACUCACGACCGGCGCGCUACCAUCCCUGCACGAACGGCCGAGCUGGCUUCCCGUUGAUCUUUGCGCGAAAGCUAUCGCCGAGAUCUCCAUGUCACCGAGCGUAGGCGGCGAUGCAGCGGAACCAAAAGUGGACCUCGUCUACCACAUCCUCAAUCCACAGACUUUCAGCUUCGAGCGCGACUUGCUUCCAGCAUUGCAGCGAUGUGCUGCUCUGCCACCAUUUGAGAUUGUCAGUACCGCUGAAUGGCUGGACAGACUGGAGAAUAGCGAGCCCGAUGUGGAAAGGAAUCCGAGCAUGAAGUUGGUCGAUUUCUGGCGUGCGAAGUAUGGAAAUAUGAAGAACGCGGUUGCAGUGGGAAUCACAACGCCGGAUGAGGAGCCAGCCGGUUUGACGUUUGACACGGCACGCACUGUUCAGGAUAGUCCGUUGUUGGGCACUGUCAACGACCCCGUCAGCGAUGGACUGAUCGAGAGGCAAGAUGCGACCACCUCCCGACACCCUCUAGCGUCUCGCUUAGUCAUCGCGGCCUCUGAGCUUCAGACGCAAUACUCGAACUACAAAGAUACCCUUCAAGCCAUUGCACAAAAGAUUGGCGACGUUGAACAAGAGGCUGAAGAACACAAACUAGUACUGGAGACCCUCACUCCACUCCCUGCGGAACGAAAGUGCUUUCGCAUGAUCAAUGGCGUCCUGGCAGAAAGGACGGUGAGCGAUGUGCUGCCGGCGCUGCAAACGAAUGCGGACGGGUUGAAGAAAGUCUUGGACGAUCUGGUCAAGCAAUACCAAGCCAAGCAAGCGGAUUUGGAGAAGUGGAAGAAGAAGAACAACAUCCAGGUUGUGCAGCAACUGCGGGACGGCGUGAAGUCCGCGCGCAUGUCCCGGCCAUUCCAAGUGCCUGGGAGACUGCGAGCGGGCGUGCUGCUGUGA